AUGCUAUUAUGGAGAUGAUCUAGAGUGCGGUAUAAAAGUCUUGUCAAAUCACCGGUUCCACUUAGUGCACGGUUUUUAUCCCUGUCAUCUUCUUCGUGCAACGUGCCUUUUAGUUCUACCUUUAGUUCUACUUCUACCAUCUACUUCUUAUUUGGUGCUUCGCGAAAUUUGAUUUGAACGUCUUCAUUCAAGACUAAAGCAGAAAAAACUGUUUCGAAAAUGACCCGCCUGGAAUUGGUGGGGAUAUUAACCUUUUUGCUCUUCUAUCCGUGUAGAGGAGCCAGCUACGCUCAGAGUUCUGCAAAUGCUGGCGGAUACGUUUAUGCACCGCCAAGUAGUCCUAUAAGGGCCCCCGAUUGCACCCACGACGUCCCUCACGGUGCCCAUAAUCUACCAGCCGUUAAUGGAAACUUUUGGUGGGCAAACGCCAAUUCCCCGUUUACUGCAGCGGCCGAUUUUUACAAAAAAUGCAGCCAAAAUGGCAACUGCGUUCCACCAACAGAUUUGGUACAGAAUGGUGGCCACGACAUUUUUAAAAUUGACAUUGCCAAAAAUCCGUUCUUAAAUGGGGGCAAUCUUGGAAACUUCCAAGGCGUUUCAGUGGCAAGUUGCUCUGGAGCUGCUUGUAAAGACGGUCAACCGCAAACAGUGAUAACAACUUGUAAUGGAAAGGAUUGCAAUACACAGCAACUCCACGGAGAACAAAGGAUCAAUAUUACUGGAAAUCCAUUCCUAAAUGGCGGCGCAGUAUUUGGUGGUGGAAGCGGUUUGGCUUCCAUCCCGCCAAGUGGGCCUGGAUGUGGCAGCGGCGGUAGAUGUAGUGGCCAGAACAACUUCGAAAGCGUCUCUUUUGCAAGUUGCAGUGGUGCAGCUUGUAAAGAUGGUAAAGACAAAACAGUUAUAACGUCGUGUAAAGGAAAGAACUGCAACACACAGCAAAUUGAAGGAGCUCAAGGAGUGAACUUAGGAAGCAAUUCAUUUUUAAGCGGGAACGAAAUUGCAGCAGGGAGCAUUUCCGGAUGCUCUGGAAAACAAUGUACCCAGCAAGUAGAAGGAGCUCAGGGAGUGAAUUUAGGAAGUAAUCCAUUUUUAAGCGGGAAUGAAAUUGCAGCGGGGAGCAUUCCCGGAUGUUCUGGAAAACAAUGCUCCAGUGGAUUUAGCGGUAGUUACCAAGGUGGCUAUUCAUAUUCUCAAGGAGGUGGUUGCGUCGGUUUCGGCUGUAAAGAAAAGCCACAACAACUCGAUGUGUCCAAAAAUCCAUUCCUGAACGGAAAUGUCCAGUUUGGCGGAAACGGAAACCUUCAAAGCAUUGCAGUCUCCAGUUGUACCGGUUUUGGUUGUAAAGACGGAAAAGACAAAACCGUUGUAACAGCUUGCAAAGGGGCUGAAUGCAAAACUCAACAAUACGAAGGAGUUCAACAGAUUGACGUUGGCAAUAAUCCUUUCUUGAAUGGAAAUGUGCAAAUUGGCGGAGCAGCAGCCGCCGGUUGUUCAAGUGCUACAGGCUGUGGUCUGACAUCUAGUCCUACUUUGAAUCUUGUUCACAAUCCCUUCCUUAACAACAAAGGAGUUACUCAAUCUGCCAUCACGAAUAACGGUGAGGCCGUUAGUACCGGAGCUGACGGGUUUUUGGGGGUACAACCAGGAGUACCUUUUGGAAACAAACAAAAACCAUUUUCUCCCUCUUAUCCAGGCCAAGUCAGUGGAACCAUUUCUGUUAGUGCUGCAGGAGGUGCUGUGGCUGCUGGUGGAGCACAAGCCGGAGGUGCUGCUGGUGUUAGUAAUCCACUUUUCCUUGGAGAACAACAGGAGAAAGGCCAAGCUUGCAGUGGGAUUGGAUAUAUUUGCGUGGCUAUCCAUAAUUGCAUUAAUGGAUUUGUCAGUAAUGACUUGAGAGACACCAUUCAAGUGAAAAAUGAGGUCCAGUAUUGCAAGCUGAACGUGGAUGUUUGUUGUAAAAUACCAGACGCAUCUAAUCUUGUUACGCCAAGUGGUCCUGAAACUGAUGAUACGAAACCGGUAUACGACACCACAUAUCAACAAUCAAGUAAGUUUACGUCCUCUGGAUCAACAUCGUACACACCAUCGAGCCAAUAUACACCCUCUGUAUCAACUUCUUACACGCCAUCCAGUCCAUCUGGUUCAACGCCAUUUGUAUAUUCUCCAAGUGGAUCGAAAGAAAAUUUACCGAGUCGACCAAGUACUACAGCCUCCACUCCAACUUCAUUUGCGCCUUCCGGACCAUCCAACUUAUCUAGUUUUGCUAAAAACAAGGAAUCUCUACCAGCAUCCCAAAUAUCCUAUGUUGGUGGCCUUGGAUUGAGCCCUGGAUCAAUAGUACUAGUGAAUGACGAUAAUCAAGCCAACGCUGAUGUUUCAUUUUCUGGCCAAUCUGGUACAACACCGCGACCAUUUAGCAAAGGCACUGCGGGUAGUCAAAAUUCAGUAUUUUCUUCUACUGUAAAAGGGCCACCAUAUUUGCCACCUUUUGGAUCACCGACUCCAUCAGUAUCUACUGUUGACUUAUUUGCCCCAAGUAAACCCGUUUCGCCCUACAAGCCAGCGCUUCCUUCAACGCCAUCCCCAUUUGGCGGAUCUUCACAGCAGACUUUUGCAACUUCCUCUCCAAGACCAUUUGCGCCACAGUCUCAGGGUCCUCCAAAGCCGUCAUACGGACCACAAUCGAAGCCAACACAACCUCAACUUCCUUCCACUCCAACAUAUAGUUUCCAGCCAAGACCCACAUCACAAUCACAAACACCUGGUAGUUCAACGUACUUUACUCAACCUCGACCAACGCAAUCGCCCUAUUCUCCCUCAAGUCCGUCAUAUGUGUCUCAACCUAAACCAACCCAGUCGCCCUAUUAUCCCUCAAGUCCGUCAUAUGUGUCUCAACCUAAACCAACCCAGUCGCCCUAUUCUCCCUCAGGUCCGUCAUAUGUGUCUCAAUCGCGGCCAACCCAAUCGCCUUAUUCUCCCUCGGUUCCGUCAUAUGUGUCUCAACCUAAACCAACCCAAUCGCCCUAUUCUCCCUCAAGUCCAUCAUAUGUAUCUCAACCUAAACCAACUCAACAACAGAGACCGUCAGGUUUACCACAACAAACACCAUCUGUAAUAAGACCCGUUCAACAACAAUUUCCCACUACUAGACCACAAUAUGAAGAGCAACCCACUUCGGUUAAUCAGCCACAACCUACACCUGCACAACCAGACAGGGAAUAUAACUACGGGGAUAAAUAUUUACCACCUUAUGCGCAACGGCCAGAGAGCAACAAACCACAACAACCAAGUAAACAACCAGAACAACCUGAAUCAUACCCUUCACAACCAUCGUAUAAACCUGGGUCCCAAAAACCAAGUUAUCAACCGGAAGUUAUUCAACCGUUACCUGGAGAAUCACAGACUCCAAGACCAUCUUUUGUACAGCAGUCGACCCCCACACCAAGUUAUUCGGAUCAGAGUUACACUUCUAAACCGUCUUAUCCAACAUAUCAAUCCAGUAAAGUAACUGGAAGUUAUUUGCCACCUUCAUCUACUCCGAAAGCGCCCUUCCCAAAUAAGCCAGAACAACCCGAGAAAUCAGGACGGCCAGAAAGACCUGGUUUUCCUACUCAGUCUUAUCAGCCAAGUCAGCCAGGACAGUCUGGAUACACGCCUGAACAAUCGGAGUAUCCAGAACAGCCAGAUAUAACAGGUCAUGAGGAGUAUGCGCCAGAAUUACCUGGCCAGCCAGGGGUACCGGGUCAACCCGGACAGCCAGGACAACCAGGUAUUCCGGGACAACCAGGACAGCCAGGUCAACCAGGGCAGCCAGGACAACCAGGCGCUCCUGGUCAACCAGGACAGCCAGGCUACCCAGGACAACAAGGACAACCUGGGCAACCGGGACAACCUGGACAGCCAAGCCUUCCUGAAUAUUCACCAGGACAACCUGGACAACCCGGACAACCCGGACGACCUGGACAACCCGGACAACCCGGACAACCUGGACAUCCAGGGCAACCCGGUCAAUAUACACCUGGUCAACCAGGAAAGCCGGGAUAUCCAGGACAACCUGGGCAACCAGGCCAACCUGGACAACCGGGGCAACCCGGUCAAUAUAUACCUGGCCAACCAGGAAAACCAGGACAGCCCUGCCAACCUGGAACAACAGAAUGCACACUAGGACAACCCAGCCUACCUGAAUAUAUACCUGGACAGCCCAGCAAAUAUACACCUGGCCAACCAGGAAAGCCUGCAUAUCCUGGAAAACCAGGACAGCCUGGACAGCCCUGCCAACCUGGAACUGCAGAAUGCACACCAGGACAACCCAUCCUUCCAGAAUAUACACCAGGGCAACCAGGACAACCCGGUCAAUACACACCUGGUCAACCUGGAGGGCCAGGUUAUCCGGGUCAACCAGGACAACCAGGAAAACCGGGUUAUCCAGGGCAACCAGGUCAACCGGGAAAACCGGGUUACCAAGGAUACCCAGGUCAACCAGACUAUUCAGGGCAACCAGGACAACCCGGACAACCAGGAAAACCAGGUCAACCCGGACAGCCGGGGAAACCAGGUAGACCAGGAUAUACUCCUGCGCAACCCGAACAAGAACAACCAGGUUAUAUAGGACAAUCUGGUCAGCCAGAACGACCAGGACUUCCAGAUCAGUCAGGAUACACUCCGACACAACCGGGAUAUACACCUGGACAGCCAGGACAACCGGGUCAACCUGGACAACAAGGUCAACCCGGUCAGCCAGGACAACCAGGGCAACCUGGUCAGCCUGGGAAACCAGGUAGACCAGGAUAUACUCCCAUCCAGCCUGGAUAUACACCUGGGCAACCAGGCCAACCCGGGCAACCGGGAAAACCAGGUAGACCAGGAUAUACUCCCACCCAGCCGGGAUACACACCUGGACAGCCAGGACAACCAGGUCAGCCUGGAGAACAAGGUCAACCCGGUCAGCCAGGACAACCAGGCCAACCCGGUCAGCCAGGGAAACCAGGUAGACCAGGAUAUAGUCCCAACCAGACUGGAUACACACCAGGACAGCCAGGACAACCGGGUGCGCCUGGACAACAAGGUCAACCCGGUCAGCCAGGACAACCAGGCCAACCCGGUCAACCGGGGAAACCAGGUAGACCAGGAUAUACUCCCGUCCAGCCUGAAUACACGCCUGGGCAGCCAGGACAGCCGGGUGCUCCUGGACAACAAGGUCAACCUGGUCAGCCAGGACAACCAGGCCAACCGGGGAAACCAAGUAGACCAGGAUAUACUCCCAUCCAGCCUGGAUACACUCCGACACAACCGGGAUAUACACCUGGACAGCCAGGACAACCGGGUCAACCUGGACAACAAGGUCAACCCGGUCAGCCAGGACAACCAGGCCAACCCGGUCAGCCAGGGAAACCAGGUAGACCAGGAUAUACUCCAAUCCAGCCUGAAUAUACACCUGGGCAGCCAGGACAACCGGGUCAGCCUGGACAACAAGGUCAACCUGGUCAGCCAGGACAACCAGGCCAACCCGGGCAACCGGGGAAACCAGGUAGACCAGGAUAUACUCCCACCCAGCCGGGAUACACACCUGGACAGCCAGGACAACCGGGUCAACCUGGACAACAAGGUCAACCCGGUCAGCCAGGACAACCAGGCCAACCUGGUCAGCCAGGACAACCAGGUCGUCCGGGAUACCCUGGCUAUCCUAGCUUUGGGCAACCGACUGUCCCAAGUGCACCCACCGGCCUUUACCAACCGCAGCGACCACUUCAACCAGGUUAUUCUCCAGAAAUUCCCAAACAGCCAUCUGAUCAAAGUCAGGAAUCAUCAGGAAUUCCCCCAGAAUUUCAACAAUAUCCCAAUAAACCAAUUAAAGGAGGCCGACCUCAAGAUGUAACUACAAUACCAGGAAACUACUAUACACCUCCAAGUAAUGCAGCAGCAAAUACACCUAGUCCUGGUCGCCAAACACCCGCAAUCCCACCUUCAUAUAGUUCAGGUCUCGAUGUAGGAGCUGGUGCAAUAAAUCCACCGAGCCCGGUGGCUGCCUCAUCUGGGUGCGCUGCAGCAUUGCAAUGCGUCCAAGAAAUUUACUGUACAGCUGAUGGUUUCGUAUCUGCCACUGCAGUUGUUCUCACAAAAGAACAAGAAAUUGGCAGAGUACCACUUCAAGAAUGCUUCGAUGCAAGAGCUAAAGUGCAUGGUAAAUGCUGCCGAGAUAGGAAUUAUGUAGAUGCCUGGCCUUCGGCAAAUCUUCUGAACGGUGUUGAUGAUGGACAGUACAAAGAAGACGAUUCGAUAAGUCAAUAUAAAGUUGACAACAAAGGAAAUUAUGUCCUACCGUCAUUUUUACAACAACAAAGGGCUACUAGAGGAUCCCCAUCGAGAGGACCAGUUAAGCAAAGCGGUCGAAACGAAACGUUUAACAGCCCUACGUGUGGUACAAGGAAUUAUAAUUCGAGACCACGUGGAAAUGGUCCACUUAAUGCUGGCUUUGCCGAAUACCCAUGGCAAGCAAUGGUUCUAAGGGAUUCAACGAGGACUUUGCUUUGCGGUGGUGUAAUCAUACGAUCUGAUGUAGUUUUAACAUCUGCCCAUUGCAUCGACGGCAUUGAAACGAAAGAUAUUCUCAUCAAAGGCGGAGAAUGGAAACUUGGAAUCGACGAAGAACCUCUGCCAUUCCAAAUUGUUGCAGUUGCUGCAGUUGUACGCCAUCCUGAAUAUACGCCGAGCUCACUGGUUAACGAUUUGGCUCUGUUGAUCUUAAAGGAGAAACUACGUCUCGCCAAAAAUAUUGACACGCUUUGUUUACCAGAACAUAAUAAAGUUCCAACUCAAAAUUGCGUUGCUACUGGCUGGGGAAAACACAUUUUGCAAGUUCAUCUGAAAGGAGCAAUAAUGAAUUCGAUACCGGUCCAGGUUCUUGAGCAACAGAAAUGUGAAAGUGUUAUAAACCAGAAUUUCCCCAGUUUCGUUAAAAAUUACAGUCCCAAUACUCUUUGUGGAAUUUCGGAAAAGGAUCAAUGUUCGGUGGAUUAUGGAAGUGCUUUGGCCUGUGUGAAUGACCAAGGACGUUAUACCCUAUCAGGUAUCUUUAGUUGGGAUACAGGCUGCAAACAAGAGAACCAAAUCGGAGGCUACGUAGCGCCAGAUGUACAUUGGGUGGAAUCGACAUGUUCAAAACCUUUAAAGCAACUCAAAGCACUUGAAAGACAGUACCUUGCCCAACAUUCCAACCCUUAGGGUUUCUCUCAUUAUCUUAGAUUGCGUAUAAAAUAAUUAACAGCCAGGCACCGUAUCAUAUAACACAACGUUACAUUUUGGAAGAAAUUAAUAUUUCAGGAUCUGUAAAAAGUAUAUUCUUUUGCUGAAAAGUAAAAUUGGAAAUAUAAAGUAAAAAAAUAGGCUGUGAAAAUAAUUGGAUCUUUUAAAAGAGCGUUAACAGAAAUUUUAUUAGUGUUAUAUGACACCGACAUAAAGUACACUAUCAAAUAUUGUAAGCAACUGAUCACAAUUUAAGAAAAAACAAAACGAAAUCGAAAUAAUUGAUCGAACGAUCUACAUAUUCGUAUUACUAAUUAACAGUACCAUUUUUUUUUCUAUUUCUACAUGUGGUCUUAUUUUGUAGAUUUCGUAUGUAUUAUAUACAAGUGCUUCGAAUUCUCCUGUGCCAAUAAAUAAAUAAAUGAUUAAAUAAAUAAAUAAAUAUUUACUAAAUUGUACC